CCCCCAGCCAAAGACAUGGACCCCGACUCGGCUCCCCCACGCCCUCAGCCUGUUGGCCACUGGCCCCACGUCGCCCUGUAAAGGAUGUCCCUCAGCAGUGCUCCGGCCCGGGACACCUCUGAGACCCCCAGCCCGAGAGAACGCAUCCGCAGCCACAUGAAGAUGGUGAUUGACCAGCUGGACGGAAUUCUGAAAGAGCUCAAGGAUGUGGCCAAGGAACUCCGGGAGGUGGUGGGUCAGAUAGAUAAACUAACGUCCGACUUUGACUUUGACCUGGAGCCAGAUGACUGGACGGUGGCCACAGCCAGCAGCACGUCCAGCAGCGAGCGAGGUUUGGGAGAGGCCUUCAGGCUAGACUUCCUCAAUGCAGAUGUGCUUUCUGAUAGCUGGGAGUUCUGCAGCUACCUGGAGGCUGCUGGCGCCGCCGCCCGAAUACCUGGGGAGCAACCAGGAGAUCUGCGAACGGAGCUGGGCUGCGGGACCAUCCCCACCCAGACGCAGACCCCCACCCCGCCCCCCUCCACUGCCUCCGUCUACUCCCAGAUGAACGGCGGGCUGCCCAUCCCCAACGGGCCUCGCAUUAUUACUCCCGAUUCAUCCAGCGAGGAGGCCAGCAGCUCCACGCACAGCCACAAGACUUCUCGUACAUCCGGCACAAGAGAAAGAGUCCGCUUCAGUGACAAAAUUCUGUACCACGCGUUGUGCUGUGAUGACGACGAGGAGGAUGAAGAGCAAGAGGAAUUACAGGUGGACAAGAGUGGCUGUGCUACACCAGAUAGCGAUAGUGAACCCGGUCUCCUGUCAAGCUCAGUCACCCCCAAACGUUCUUCCUCUGAGCACUCACUCCUCCAUAACUGUCUGGACCCUUCUUAUGUCUCCUCGCCAAUGAAGGGGAUGACGGGAGCUCACACACUACCCAGGAAAGGUCUCUUGAACCCCGGCUGCCGCAAAAAACUGUUACGAAAUAGCAGCACACAAACUGUCUCUGACAAGAGCACCCAAACUGUACUGCCCUAUAUUCCAACCAAACAGAAAACAAAGGACCACUGAGAAAGUUUAUCAUAAAUCUCAUGAAGAGGACUGUGCAUUAUUUAAUAUUAAAUACAUAGCUCAUAGAUUAAUACACAAAUUAAUUAAUUACUAAAUAAAUAAAUGAUAUAUGGGAAAUCACUCGACUACCUAAAGUUAUUCUGAGGCUCAGGGAAAACACGAUGAAAUGAAGCAAAGCAGAUCAUUAAGAUGAGAGUUACUGGUGGACCAAAAGGUUAGUGCCUGUUCUGAUGUUGAAAGAUACACUGAACGGAUCCCCUAUGUGUAAUAAUUUGAAACUAUGACAGAGGUUAUAAAAGCAAUCAUUUUUACUAGAAAAUGUUAAGUGUUCAAAAUUUGGAAGGGAAGUGUGAAGAGGUCCUUUCCCCUCCUCAUACUAUAGUUGAAGUCACAAAAAAAGAAAAUGCUUGUUCCUAUAAUGUGGAUACAAAACACUGCACAUUCUGUACUCUGAAUCUGUAUAAACAUUGUCUUUUUUCAUGUUCCAGUUAUUUCAAAUGUCAAAGGGAUUGUUGCUUUCAGCGGGAUAAUGUAUCUAGAUGCACAUGUCAAGCCUCUUCCUCUCUUUGAUGUCAACAAACAAGUUUAAGCGAAGAGCCAGAAAACACCAUUUACCUGCCCUUGAUUUUAUAAAUCAUCUCAAUGUGAUCUCUUCUUGGUCUGCUGCAGAAAAUAAGAGUGGCAGUCAGAAAAACAUAUAUAAAGUAAUAUGAGAAUGUGCGGCCCACAAAAAUGACAUUUCCACUUGUUUAGCUUUGUCCGUGCCCGACGGUAAUGCCAUUAGUCCUUGGAUCCGAGUGAAAUAGAAGUCCACAAAAAAGUGCUUAAGGUUUUGUCUCUCCAUUCAGUUGCCCAGUGGGGAAUUGAGCAGCAUUGUAUUCACAGGGCUAACGCCAAUAGCCAUUCCUGAUCAAUAUGUUAGAGGGAGGUUGCAGUGAGCGGUCUCUCUGCUGAGCAUGCAUGCCACUCUCCUGGGAUCUGUGAACAAAAACUCACAGUCAGAUCUAUUUACUCACACUGAGCGGAACAAAAAUUAGAACCCUGGCCCUAAAGAACUGACAUUUUAAAAAAUGUGUGUCCAGGAAUGAUAGCUUGAUGGUGGAAAGAGAGAGUGUUCCUGUUCAAAGAUUAUUUAUUUUUUUGUUACCGAGCAAUAAUCUACCCUGGGGAACGGCUUUGUGAGACUGCUCCCCGGGUCCCCUCAUUCUUACUUUCCUAAUGUUGUGUUUUCGAGUUUGAAAAGAAAAAGUAAAAUGUCCUAAUCUUAAA